UUUGAUCUAAGGCGUUGGCUGCUUUUGAUUCAGAUGUGUUGGACCACGAACUCAUCUAAAAACUGCAGGACACCGUCGCUCGAGGACCGGAGUUUCACAUCGCCGUAAUUAAACCAAUGAAUUUGCCCUGGCAGGUUGUGUCCUCCCGUUACUAAACUCCUCUUGCGCCGCUUCGUUGACGCCGCUGCCCGCAUCGUCCGCCGGAUGACAGUAAAGGAGGCGCGCUCCAGUCACAUGCCUCUACAAAACAAUGAUAAGAAAAGGAGGAAGUCUUGGCGAACGCUUGGGAGUUCGUCGCUUAAGCGCCUGUCGCUUUUAUGAGCUGACAAAAUGGGGUUUUUGUCCCUGAUCGUGUUCGUUUGCUGGUGCUGUUCGGGUAAAGCUGCAGGGGAGGAUCAGCCCGUUCAAACAUUUGUGAUUCCUCACAGCCACAUGGAUGUAGGCUGGGUGUACACCGUCCAGGAGAGCAUGCACGCCUAUGCAGCCAAUGUGUACAGCAGCGUCACAGAGGAGCUGUCAAAGGUGAAGGAGCGCAGGUUUAUCUCUGUGGAGCAAGAGUUUUUCAGACUGUGGUGGGACUCUGUGGCCUCAGAUACUCAGAGGAGACAAGUCCGACAGCUUGUAAAAGAAGGUCGGCUGGAGUUCAUCAUCGGAGGCCAAGUGAUGCAUGAUGAGGCAGUAACGGACCUGGAAGAUGAGAUCUUGCAGCUGACAGAGGGCCACGGCUUUCUGUACGAAACAUUUGGUGUGCGACCACAGUUCUCCUGGCACGUGGAUCCAUUCGGAGCCUCGGCCACCACGCCGGUGCUGUUCGCCCUGGCCGGGUUUAAUGCGCACCUCAUCUCACGCAUUGACUAUGACCUCAAAGACAGCAUGCAGAAAAAGAAGAAACUGCAGUUUGUGUGGAGAGGUUCUCCCUCAUUAAAAGCCCAGCAGGAGAUCUUCACUCACACCAUGGACCAGUACAGCUACUGCACUCCAUCUCAUCUACCAUUUUCCAACAGAUCUGGUUUCUACUGGAACGGUGUGGCUUUGUUCCCGGACCCCCCUAAAGACGGACUCUACCCCAACAUGAGCCUCCCCGUCACCAAGGAGACGGUGCGGCCAUACGCUGAGACCAUGGUGGAGAACAUCAAGCAGAGGGCUGCGUGGUUCAGGACCAACCAUGUGCUCUGGCCAUGGGGCUGCGACAAACAGUUUUACAACUCAUCAGUGCAGUUCAGAAAUAUGGACCCUUUGAUGACGUACAUUAACCAGAACAGCAAGGAGCUCGGAGUAACGGUCCAAUAUGCAACCCUAGGCGAGUACUUCCAGUCAAUCCACCAAUCAAAUCUUACCUGGGACAUCCGUGGGAGCGAGGAUUUUCUGCCAUAUUCAACAGAACCCUACCAAGCGUGGACGGGGUUUUACGCUUCCAGAAAUGUCCUGAAGGGAGUGGCAAGACGGGCCAGUUCCAAGCUGCACGCAGCAGAGACUCUCUUCACCCGGUACCAGAUCAGCUUCCCAAACGGACCAGUAGCCAAAGACUGGGCUCUGGAUAAACUCAGGGCUCUGCGUUGGGCUGUCUCUGAGGUCCAGCACCAUGACGGCAUCACCGGCACAGAGUCUCCCAAAGUAGCGGAAAUGUACGUGCAGCACCUCAUGCAGGCCAUGAUGGGAGCUGAGGAGCUCCUAGCUGCUCUCUUUCUGCUGCCGCAUAACCUGGGUGUCUCUGGCGUUCCCAGCAGAAGCUUCCAGAGAAAAGGUGCUGAUCAGGCUCUGGAGCAACAUGUGAUCAUUUACAACCCGUUGGCGUGGAACAUCACUACUAUCGUUAACAUCACUGUAACGUUCCAGAGUGCAGCCAUCUAUGACGAUGAUGGACAGCCCGUUCCUGCACAGAUCCAGAGGUCGGCACAGUCCAACGCCACUUACGACCUUUUCUUUGUGGUCCAGCUCGGCGGCCUUCAGCACAGGAAAUACUCCGUUCAGUUCUCUGAGGCGCCGUGUUCUGAGAAGUCCAAGUGUGAGCACACGUAUGAAGCACAGGGAGUUGUGUUCGAGCGGCGGCGUGUGAAGGACUGGGGGAAAACAGGAAGGUGGCUUCUUCCUGUUCUGAAUGACUGUUACAAACUCAUGUUUGACCAGGACACCAACCUCCUGCACAGCGCCACCUACCUAAAGGAACAAAGGCGAAUCAGGAUGAGACAGGAUUUCUGGGAAUACGACACCAACGGAGACGUGAAAGCAGGACCCAUCUCUGAUAACUACAUCUUCAGCCCUAACGGCUCGGCUGUUCGGGCCUACAAGGCCGUGGAAAUGGAGAUUAUCCCAGGAAAGGUGCUUACUGAGAUCAGGCAGCGGUUCUACAGAGAGGAUGGUGAUAAGGACUACGCCUACUCAAUCACCACUCGUGUCCCAGAAUAUUCAGAGACCGGACUGCCGUGCCACAGACUGGAACAGACCUACUCACUGGGCCCCCUGCGCCUCAACACAGAGGUCGUUCUCAGAACCAGCUCCUCCCUCAAAAACAAUAAGACUCUAUACUCUGAUGACAACGGCUACCAAAUGAUGAAGAGAAUCUACAAGAAAUUCACCAACAACACUUUAGCAAGGAAUUACUUCCCCAUGGUCCGAACAGCCUACAUCGAGGACGACCUCAGUCGGCUGGUGCUCCUCAGCGACAGAGCUCACGGUGUGUCCAGUCAGGCCGGAGGACAGCUAGAAGUGAUGCUCCAUCGCCGUCUUUGGAACAACUUGCCGUGGAACCUCGGGUACAACCUGACGCUGAACGACAGCUCGGCUGUGACGCCCACCCUUUGGAUGAUGCUGGGGUCUGUGAGUGCCACCUCCAAGCUGUACCAGACGGGGGCGGUAGAGCUGCAGCACAGACCAGUCGUCAUGCUAAUAGACCACCCAAACAAGACCUGGAAGGAUAAAGAACUUAGAUUUAACUCUCCAGUGGCUCCAGUCGUUCUACCUCCCAACCUACACCUGCUCAGCCUCAGCAUCCCAGGAUGGAAGUACAGCUCCAAUCACGAUCUUCACCUCAGCCACCUACAUUCAGGUAAGGAGGUGCAGUCUGAGCCAGACUAUGAUCGGGUUCUGUUGAGAAUAAUGCAUCUGUUUGAGGAGGAAGAGGACUCCAAGCUUUCCAAGCCAGUCACAGUAAACUUAAAGGAUGUUUUGAAGGGUUUAGGGGAAGUGAGAGACGUGGAGGAGCGUUCUCUCACAGGAACCUGGAAUAUCACAAGUCUGCAAAGGUGGAAUUGGAAAACUGCAGAUACCUCUGGAAAAAAAAAUGAACAGUAUUGGAAGAGUGAGGAUAAAGAUUUCACCGUCACCAUCUCACCCAAAGAGAUCAGGACCUUCUUUGUUCACUUUAGAUCCAGCAACUGUUAGACAGGCCCUGCUUCCAUCUUCUGUGAAGAUCACAGCUCUUUUUGCAAAUCAUGUUACUUUGCUGCUUAAUGAUUCAAUGCAGUUUUUGCACAAUGUGGUGAUUUUUUGCUAUGAUGUGUUGGAGUAUGAAUUUGUGUCUCAGAUUAAAGUGAUUAUUUUUUUUUUUU